CUAUUUAAUUCGCUUACAGGAAAAAUUAAAAAAGUGUUCUCGCUCUACGGCAGCCGAAGACUUCGUUCAAUGGCCAUGGCCUAUGGUUGUCUCCACUCUACAUCGCUCUCUCGCAUUCUCCUUCCCGUUUUCUCUCGACAUAGUAACCUCUCCACCGCUUCUAACCGCCUCGCCGUGCUCACCUCCGCCGUGAACCGCACUGGACCUUCACCGUCUCCGGUCCGUGCUCUGGCGAAGCGCGGAAUCUCCCCCAAAGACGAUGAAGUAGCCUCUGCUUCUGAUAUUGAAUUCAAGGCGCCUUUGAAGAUUGUUGAGUAUCCGGAUCCUAUACUACGAGCUAAGAACAAGAGGAUUGAUGUUUUCGACGAGACACUGAAGAAUUUGGUAGAUGAGAUGUUUGAUGUUAUGUAUAAAACUGAUGGAAUUGGUCUCUCAGCACCCCAAGUAGGAAUCAACGUGCAACUCAUGGUGUUUAAUCCAUCUGGAGGGCGUGGCGAAGGAGAUGAAAUUGUUCUUGUUAAUCCAAAAAUCAAUAAAUAUUCCAACAAAUUGGUACCAUUCAAUGAAGGUUGCCUGUCCUUUCCAGGGAUCUACGCUGAUGUUGUGCGACCAGACUCUGUCAAGAUUGAUGCAAGGGACAUAACUGGUGCAAGGUUUUCAAUCAGUCUUUCCCGUCUACCUGCACGAAUCUUUCAACAUGAAUUUGACCAUCUGCAGGGCAUUCUCUUCUUUGAUAGAAUGUCAGAUCAAGUUCUUGACGGUAUUCGCGAAGAGCUGGAGGCCCUGGAGAAGAAGUAUGAGGAGAAGACUGGGUUGCCGAGUCCUGAAAAGAUACAAACACGGAAAAGAAAGAAAGCUGGAGUAGGUUUUGGAAAACGUUGAGCUGGCGGUCCAACUUGCUCAAACUCCCUUUAAUUCUUCAUGAUUCUGAAUAUGUUAUAGGACCAGGCCAUGAGAAAGAACUAUGGUUUGUUUUCUGAAGACUGAGACAUUAAACAACUUCGUGGGCUACACAGGAAGCUCUACGGUUUUGAAUAUGAGUUGAAAUCUUCCAUCUAUAUAUUUAUUUCAUUGUCUGUUCUGUGAUAACAUCUUCUUCUGGUUUCUAAGCUUUAGCCUAUAUUUGAGUUUAUAACGGUCUUGCAGACUAAGUGCAAUCAUUUUGUAUGUUAUCCUUUUUAUCUCAAGUAAAACGCAUCAAUUUUUUUU